GGGAGAGAGGAAGGAGAAGGCGAUAUACAUAUACAUUAACACGUAUUCUUACACAAGUAAAACAUAUGGUCCUCCAUUUUUGACACGACCCGGAGCUAGAGUGCUGUAAUAUUAUUCUGGAAACACAGAAUCGUAACCCUAAUAGGUGAAAUUCUUGGAACGAGCAUCCCCUUUCCAAGAAAGGAAUAUUUCAGGUUGAUCAAGUGGAUCCAUUGGCUCCACUAGUGACUGUUAGAACCUGUCAGUCGUAAAAUAAUCUCAGCUGUCCAUCAUCAGAAGCACUCGAUGGAGCUUAAAGUUUCAGCCCAGGAACGAAGUCGUUCUCCUUCUGUAUCCGAAAGCAAUCCUGAUGAGAAAGAAAUCAGUGAUGAUGACGACGAUGAUCGCAACCAUAAGCAUCGUAGAAGAGAUGAUGCGAGGUCUCAAUCACUGGAGGGAGAUGCUGUGGAACAAGUAUUUACUAAGCCCUAUAGAAGGGGAAGCAAACCUUCCGAAAAUGGGCAUAUUUACAGGGAAGCAGGUUCUCAGUCCAGUGAAGCAUGGAAAAAUUAUACUUUCAACCCUAUGGAGAAAGAUAUCUCUGCCAAAUUUGACAAAAGACGACCUGGGUUUACACAAUCUUCCCAAGGACCUUUGGAUUUGAACCAGAGAAUCAGGGUAAACCAAACAUUUUCUGGGGAUCCUGGUCCAAUCAGGGGUAGAGGAAGGGAUGCUGGUCUUUGGAGCCAGCGUGAUUCUAGAUUCAGCUCUGUUGAUAUUGCUUCUCAGAUAGUUCAACAGGGGUCUGUACCCCCUAGUCUGUUUGCUGGGAGGGGUGUACCUACUGUUUCAAAUGCAUAUGGUGCAUCCUGGAGUGCAUUUGGGUUGAUUCCGGGAAUACCAAAUGGUGGUCUGGAUACACUACAUCCCCUUGGCUUACAAGGAACAUACAGAUCUAUUAAUCCUUCUAUGAACAUGGGAAUGGGACUUGCCCGUCAACGGUGUAGAGACUUUGAGGAACAAGGUUUUUGCUUAAGAGGUGACAUGUGCCCAAUGGAGCAUGGUGUCAAUCGUAUUGUUGUGGAAGAUGUUCAGAGCCUUUCACAGUUUAAUCUCCCAGUAUCACUUCAAAAUGCAAAUGUGCCUGGAGCACCAGCUGGGCCAGGACCUUUAUCUGCCUCUGGUGCCCCAACAAACUCAUUGUUCUCUGGCAAAGCUUUGCAUGGCAAAACUAGUAAACGUGGAGUGGCUGGCAAUGGGCAGGGCUUAAACGAUGCAUUCAUUGAUUCUUCUGCCAGUGUUGGUGCUGACUUUUAUGAUCCCGAUCAGCCUCUAUGGGGUAAUGAUUCUCAAACAUCACCUGCAUUACAACAGAUAAAUCAAUCUAAUUCGAAGGAAAAUGGGCCUUUGUUGGAUCCUGGUCCAUCUGGCAAUCAUUGUGUUGGUUCGCUUGAUGGCUCUAAUGAACAUGUGGGCAAAAGUGGAGGGACUGCUAUGGGAUCUCAGACUACAAGUUCUUCUGUGUUGGGAAGAAUUAAUAGUACAAAAAACAGAACAGAAAUGAGAGAGAGUAUGGUUUCUAAAGCAAGUCCUUCAAAUUUAAUCCACAAUGAAACCACUGGAAAGCAGGAGCUAUCAAAUAGUGCUCAAGCUGUUCCCCAUCACGGAAAGCACAAAGAUGUAAAUUCAUCUCUGAAAAUGCAGAGUGGAAAUGGAAAGAGUGUCCAUAAGCUUUCUCAAAAGGCACAAUGUACAUUAUUUGUCAAUGGUAUUCCCCUGCAACAGAACAGAAGGGAAUCCCUAAUUUCACAUUUUCAUAAAUUUGGGGAUGUUAUUGAUAUUCACAUUCCUUUAAAUAGUGAACGAGCUUUUGUCCAGUUCUCCAAAAGAGAAGAAGCAGAAGCUGCUCUCACUGCACCUGAUGCUGUAAUGGGUAAUCGCUUUAUUAAGCUAUGGUGGGCUAAUCGUGAUAACAUUCCUGUUAACAAAACUAGUGGCUAUCCUGUGCCUAUACCUCCUCGUGGCAUCGCAGUUUCAUCAGCAUUGCAUAAUGGCACAAUUGCUCCUGCUUCCACUGCUGUGCCUGCUUCUGAUCAACCAAAGCCUGUGAUCGCAGGCCCAAAAGCACCUCCACCUUCACAAAAGAAGCUGGAGAGUUUAGAGGUUUUGAAGGAGGAGCUCCGCAAAAAGCAAGAAAUGCUUGAUCAGAAGAGGAAUGACUUUAGGCGCAAGUUGGACAAACUUGAGAAACAAGCUACAGGUCUAAAAGGCGAGAUAGAACCUGAAAAGGCUGCUAAAAGACAGAAACUAGGAACUGUAGCUGAUUCUACGAAAGCUGCAACCACAAGUUCCAGUGAUCCUGAAACGACUUUAUCUUCUCCACGAACUGAAGUCGUAGGUAAUGGCAAAAAAUAUCUGGAGUCUGCUAUGCCACAAAGUUCCAAAUCAACUGCUACAGUUGCACUGCAAGAAUCGCCAGUCUUGAAACAAUCAGUUCGUCCGUUGGCACCUAUUGGUCCAUCAGUUGUAGCCAAUCGGUUCAAACUGGACAACCGUCCCACUGCAUUUAGUAUCAUUUCAACUCUACCAAAAGAUCUUGCUGAUGUUACAGUCUUGAAGGAACACUUCUCACCAUUUGGGGAUCUUUCUAAGGUGGAACUAGACAGUCUGGAUCCUGCUGAUGGCAAUAAUGAUCCUGGAACAGCCAAAUAUUCAGCUCGUGUAUAUUUCACAACCCGGCAUUCAGCUGAGAAGGCGUUUUCAAGUGGUAAAUGCUGGAAUGGUCACAACUUGCAAUUUUCAUGGCUAAAGUCUAGCAACCUCAGCAAAGAUCGUGCUAAUGGAGAAAGUCCUUUACCCACUUCUAAAGGAAAUUCAGAUGCUUCUGUUGGGCCUGUGGUUGAAAUCUCAAAAACUGAUUCCCAGAAACCUGCUACAUCUGGAGAUGGAGAAUCUGAAAAAAUUGAACAGAAGGACAUUGAUAAACAACAUAAGGAACCAGAUGAAAGUAAUCACGCCAGUUAAACUUCAUUUGCCACAAGUAAACCUUGGUCCGAUUUUAUUGAGGAUGGCUUAAUUGUCAGAGUUGUACAGCGAGGUAAAUGGUACGUCAAAUCUUCAUUAGAUAAGCUCUAACAAUUGAUCAAUCUUAUUUCAUCUCAUGCUUGCAGUUUGCCAAGACGAAACUUAGUUUUUAAAUGCCAAUUAGGGAUAACAGUUGUGGUUAAUUGUGUCUACGUUUGUCUAUGACUAUCUAUGAUUAUAGAUUCCUCAAAAUAAAUUUGGAUGUUACUUCGAGGACUUGAACUAUCUUUCCGAUGUUGUUUUCUUAAUCAAAAUCUCAUCCAUUCAUUGUUUAUUGAAGUUUUGAAAUGGCAUUGUUGAUUGCUAGUACCUGGAAUUGUGCCAUAUGCUUCAUUGUUUAUA